GAAAUACGCGCAGGUUUCCAUGCACAGUGCAGCAUAUCCGGUGCCAAUAUAGGACAGCUGUAUGCGAUAUAGAAUCUGUUAUCAGUCAAUGAAAGCCGAUGCGGUCGCAUCGCUGCAAGAUGAAAGCUUCCCACUGGCCUGAUGCAGACCGCAUCACGAAUUGGGCCGACAACGUGUGGCUGCAAAGCGCACAUCAUCUUGUCAAUAUUGUACUUGAGGCGAGCAUGAAGGUGGGGUCGUUAACUCAGGCCACGUUAAUGCCACUAGCGGAGGAUUAUUCUUGCCCUAUCGCGGGCCAUCCGCCAACAGCGUUUGCCCCUUCCCUUGGACUAUUGAAGGAAUUGUUCCUAUUCGGACUGCAAAACAUCCUCUGCUACCAGCAAUGCCGCCACUUGUACUUGUACCGAUUUCUUCUCCUCGAGCGAUACAAGAAAAGAGGUAAACAUACAAUGCACCUCCAUCUGUUGUCGAGGAGCGUCCGGGUAUACCUUCACGCCUACAGGCCAUCGUCUACAUCACGUUUCUCUGUACCCAAGAAUGAAGUCUGCAGGUUGUCCUCGCUGCUCGGACCUCCAAUAUGACGCGUCUACCUAAAGAAGAGGAGCGCGGUCGAUUCAGCGAAGACUGUACGUCUCUUGUCUCCCAACGGAAGAAUUUCCGAGGGGAGGGCCUAGUCUGCUUUCCCAUUGUAUAGACGUGACUAGGUACUAGCGAUGGGU